GCUGGAGGAGAAGAGCCUUCAGCCCUGUCCUUCCUCCCGAGGCCCUGCCCCUUCUGGGUUGUAGAGCCCUCUCUUCCACCUCCUUGCUCAGGGGUCUGGCAGUUCUGUUGGCAGUUUUGUGCUUAAUCUUGCACUGCCUGCUCCCCAUUCUAUUUACAGCCUUUCUCAGCUCUCUUGCUGAUGGAUCCACCCUGCAGACUCCACAAGCUAUACUUACGGAUAAGAAAAGUCUGAACAGUACAGUCGGCUGUGCAUUGUGCCAUUAUGCUACUGCAGCUGUUACCAAAUACUAAACAGCCUUUUCCUCUCCCUUUUCAGGAUAAUAGUUGCUUUCCUUCAACCAGCAUGGUGAGACUGCGGAUUUCCAGCACCAUUGUUGUGGUUUUCCUCAUGAUUCAGACUGGAUUCUUAUUGUUUAUGUAUGCGCAACAUAACAACUUCCUGCCUCGAUCUGAAGAGAAGCCAUCUCAGGUGCACAUCCUCAUUCUGUCUUCCUGGAGGUCAGGAUCUUCCUUUGUUGGCCAGCUCUUCAGCCAGCACCCGGAUGUCUUCUACCUGAUGGAGCCUGCCUGGCACGUGUGGGUGACGAUGUACCAGAACAGUGCCAAAGUGUUACAGAUGUCUGUUAGAGACCUAGUCAGGUCUGUGUUCAAGUGUGACAUGUCUGUGUUCGAUGCCUACAUGCCUUGGAAGAGAAACUUGUCUGAUCUCUUCCAGUGGGCAGUGAGUCGGGCACUCUGUUCAGCCCCUGCCUGUGAUUCCUUUCAGCGCACUGACAUCACCAAUGAAAUGGCUUGCAAGACCCUUUGUGGCAAGUACCCGUUCAGCAAGGUGGAGGAGGCUUGCAAGACAUACAGCCACGUUGUUGUCAAGGAGGUCCGGUUCUUCGAUCUGACCGUUCUCUAUCCCCUUCUCACUGACGCUUCCCUGAACCUCAAAGUCAUUCACUUAGUGCGUGACCCCAGGGCUGUUGCCAAGUCACGAGAACAGUCAGUAAAAGCCUUAGCGCGUGACAAUGGGAUUGUUCUGAGCAUGAAUGGUACUAAAGUGGAGGACAGCAAAUUUAAAGUAAUGCAGGAAGUUUGUAGAAGUCAUGUCCAGAUUUAUGAAACAGCUACUCAGAAAUCUCCAAGAUUUCUAAAAGAUCGCUAUUUGAUGAUCCGUUUUGAAGAUCUGGUACGAGAUCCCUUAUCAGAAAUCAGGGACAUGUAUAAAUUUGCAGACCUUAGACUGACCCCCAAACUUGAAAGCUGGAUAUAUAAUAUCACACAUGGCCAAGGAGCAGGAAAGAAAAAGGAAGCCUUCAAAAUCACCUCCCGAGAUGCAGUUAACGUUUCCCAGGCCUGGAGGAAUAUUCUUUCCUUCCAGAAAAUCAAGAAAGUACAAGAAGUUUGCAGAGGUGCUAUAAAUAUGCUUGGCUAUAAACUUCUGGAUUCUGAGAGAGAACAAAAAGAUUUGUCAUUAGAUUUAGUGUUGCCAAGACAAAGAAAGCAGUUCAGUUGGGCAUCAUUCAGUCCAAAGAACUAAGACAGAGAGAUAUUUUUGUAAAUGUUAUCCACUGUGCAAUGUACAGGUAGUAUGAAAAGUUCUGGCUGCCAAGUUUAAUCCUACUCAUAGCUGAUAUCUUUUUCAAGAGAUUGAAGUAUUUUUUUCCAAUUUCACAUUGGAGAAUAUGAAACAAAUAAAAAUGAAACAUGAGAUGUGUCAGUUUGCAGAUUUACAGCUGAGGUGAGCUGUUCUGAAUAUGCAUCUUGUAAAUAUUAUACCAGGAUGGGCAAUAAUUUUUGGCCAGGGGCCACUUCAAAAAUUUUUUGAAGUGAUCCCGGGCUGUCAUGGAAGGGGUGGGGCCUA